AUGCAGAAUGAGUCUAGCUAACAAUAUGGAAGAAUUUGGAAAGUAGUUGGAUUAAAAAGCAAGUUUUAAACUUUAAGGAACAUGUGGAUAGAAUUAAAUUAUGUCUAUAAAAUAUAUGAAACUUUAGUAAUCCUCUCGUAAUAUAAACAUCUUUUAGAAGUUGUUAAAAUAUUAAUAAUAAAGGAUUAAGUGAUGAAAUAUUAUAAAGCUACAAAGGAGAAUAAAAGAAAAUACAAAAUGAUGAAUAGAAAAUUUAAUAUAAUUGAUAAAGAAAUAAUAUUGAGAGAUAAUUUCGUUUUUUAUAAAAAUUAAAGUUUAAAUUUUUAUUCUCUCUCUAUUUAUGACAUAUUAAAUAUAAUUGAAAAAAUAAUUAAAAACAUUUAAUAUGUAAUAUGAAAUAUUAAUUAAGGCUGAUUCAGAAAGAACAAAGAAAGAAUAACUUUCUAAGGUUCCAGUUACAAUAAGUUUCAUCCAUAGUCUCUAACAGACUUUAUUGUUACUGGGCCGACUUAUAAGUCUAAAUUUCAUAAAAAUAUUCAUGAAAAUCUUGAAAAGAAAUUCUGAGGUAGGAAUGAUUCAAAAUAGUUAUAAAAAGGGAUUCUGGUGUGUUUCUUUUGCACUAAAAUUAGAGAUUUAGCUUAUAAAAGAGAAAGAAAAAUAGUAUAAAUAAGGGAGGAAAGCAUAAUCAUUUUAUUUAAACAAAUACUCUAAAAAGGUAGAAUGA